AUGUGUAGCUCAACAUCAAUCCUCGCUCUCCUUCUUGGCCUGUCACAAUUCUGCUCUGCUGCUCUGCUCAAGAUAUACGCCAAUGCAGCAUACGACAACUCAUUUGGCGAGGUUUUUGAGAUGGUGCCGAAUGAGCUGACGGCGGCCGUUGGCGAUGUGUUGGAGUUCCACUUCACUGGACCGGGCUUGGGAGUACUGGGUGGGAACCACUCUGUUGCGAUGGGCGAUUUCAACUCGCCGUGUAUGCCGGCAAGAGAGGGGUUCUUCUCGGGGUAUAUGGGUGUCAAUGCGACGAGUAAGGAAGCCGACCAAGUCUUCCAAGUCGACGUUACGAAUACCGACCCGAUGGUCUUUUACUGCACCCAAGGCCGACACUGCGCAAUGGGCAUGUACGGCGUGGUGAAUGGAGCUGGAGGUCAAACGAGGAAAGCAUACAAGGACAAAAUACCAACUACCAACCUGUUCGCCAUGGCGCCGGACUUUGUUGGCGGCGGCACAUUGCUGCCCAAUAACGCGACGAAUAUUCUUGGACCAUCAAUAUUUGAUGGAGCAGCGUCGCCGAAGUCAUUAUCAUCGACGACGGCAUUGGUAUUUGGGUUGGCGGCGGCGCUGAUGAUCGCGCAAUGA